UGUGUGUCGGUGGGAGGAGAAGCUCACCGGAGCGCACACACACACACCGAUGGUUCCUGUCGGUAACCAUGAGCCACCGGCCCCGCGCGCUCUGCUGCCUCUCCCUCGCGCUCGUCCUGGUGGCGGCGGAGUACUCCUCUUCAAAGACCGACCUGGACUACGAGUUCGGGGACUACCGGGGGAAGUGGUGCAUCGACGACCACGGCUUUGUUUACGGCAUUGGAGAGAUUUACUACCCGAGCCCCUCCGCGUGCCCGUGCACGUGCACCGUGGACGGUCCGGUGUGCGUGCGCCCGAAAUGUCCACGCAUCCAUCCCCGGUGCACGCGGAUCAGGUACAGAGCGUGCUGUCCGGUGUGUGAGGCCAUGGCCCGGGUCUGUGUCUACGCGGGAAAAACGUACCGACUCCUGGAGGAGUUCAGGUUGUCCCGGUGUGAGCGUUGUCGCUGUGAAGCCAACGGAGAGGUGUACUGCAGCAUCUCAGACUGCCCCGCCCCUCACUGCGUCAACCCCACCUACGAGCCCAACCACUGCUGCCCCAUCUGUAAGAGCGGUCCAAACUGCUUCGCGGGGAACAGAGUGAUCUCAGCGGGGGAGCGCGUCAACGUCGACGAGCGCACCGUUUGUUUCUGCACCUACAGGGACGGGACAUGGCACACACACCCACAGGCCACCUGCGAACAGCGCCCCCUGCCCAGCCCCACGCCCAGCGUCCGCACCGAGCCCCCCAGGGAGGAGAAGACCAGGGGGAGAGGGGGCAGCGGGUACAUCCCCCGACUGGAUCUGAUCCCAUGAGAUGGUUUAAUCAGGGUCAAUAAAACGCUUACUUUGAUUAUUAGAAACAGGAGACAACGGCACAGUUUGUUUUUAAGAUCGUCUCCUUGACAGCCACCGAAAUGUAAACAAGCUUUUAUUUCUCAGUUCACCCUGAAGGUGUUCAGAUGUCCUGGUUUAUUCCUCUCUUCCUGCACACGUGCAAAUCUACAGUCCGUCCACAGUAGGCCCAGUUACUUGCCACGCCCAGAAAACCUCCCAUCAUGCCCCUGGGGAAAGUGGGAGGAGUCAGAGUGUGAGGUUAAUGUAUCGGUUAUUUACAGUAGGUGACUCCUGCAGGAGGCCGCUUGGCUUCUCUCCACCGACCUGCUGGUUUCCGUCUGUAGGCCGAGCGAGGCCGGAGGUGUCCAAGUAGACCACACACACACACACACACACACACACACACACACACACACACACAGGAAUGAACGUGUGAGCAGAAAUGAUUCAAAGACUUCCUGGCGAGCAGAUGGUGUAUAAAUGUAAAUGUAAACAUGUUGGUAAAUACCGCACGUCACUUAUAUUCUGUAUAGAUAUAUAGACACAGAUUAUAAACAUACAGAUCUGUAAUGAGUCAGUUUGAGAUGUGAUAUCAUGAAGAGAAAAUCUCCAAACAGCCUGUUUGUGUCUUGCUGCUUUUUCUCCAAAUAUUUAAUCUGCUAACUAAUCAGCCCUUAAAGCAUCGAGGCCUCUAACCUUCACUGAGAGCUGAGGGGAGUUAAAGAGGGCGGGGUCUUAUACUGGGGUGGGCUUUUAUUUAAAGUUUUACGGUACUUUGUUUGUGUUCGCGGCAGAAAUGGAUUUAAAUUAAAUAAAAUAGCAAACUCAAACACUCUAAGUCCGCACUGCUAAAAGUUCUCUGACUGUUCAAAUGUAACUCAGGUUGAAACUCUUCUGUGGUUUUUAUUCACAAAAGUGAUGAUUGUCAAUGUGCCGCCCAUAUAUGGAGCUUCCUCUUUCAUGUGGUCUGUUGUGUUUCUCAUCUGUAAAGUCUUAACCGUAAUAUUUAGUCUGUGGUAUACACUGAUGUUCAUGUGUUCAUCUGAGAUGCAGGUCUCUGUACUUUAUCAGGUGACAACACCGCCCUCUAGUGUCCGUCUGAGGAAGUGUAUUAAACAGAUGCAACAAAAAACAUGUUUCAUCAAACACCAUGUCCACUUGCAGCUUAGAAAAAGGAACAUGACUGUUACCAAGUUUAUAUGAUAAACUGUUAGCCACAUUCAUUAUAUAGAAGUGGAUUUUUAAAGUGUUAGACCAUUUUUAAUCAUCAGCAGAAACUCCCUGCAUAAACUCAGACCUUUUCAACAGCUGUCAUUAAACAUGUACUGACUUUUUGUUCUUUGUCCUUUCAAGCAUCAAUAAAU